AUGGACAGCAGCCUGCAGGACUGGCCCCUCAACGCCUCGGCGGCCGGAGGCACCGGAGCCGGGGGCCAGCUGCUGGGCAGGUUCGGGGCCACGUGGACCGUCUCGCUGGCCGUGCUCAUGGCUCUGCUGAUCGUGGCCACCGUGGCCGGGAACGCGCUGGUCCUGCUGGCUUUCGUGGUGGACUCCAGCCUGCGGACCCAGAACAAUUACUUCCUCCUCAACCUGGCCAUCUCCGAUUUCCUAGUAGGUGCCUUUUGCAUUCCCUUGUAUGUGCCCUAUGUGCUGACAGGAAGAUGGGCCUUUGGGAAAAGCUUCUGCAAGCUCUGGCUGGUAAUUGAUUAUCUGCUCUGCACCUCUUCAGUCUUCAACAUUGUACUGAUUAGCUAUGACAGAUUCCUCUCUGUGACAAGAGCGGUCACAUACCGAGCUCAGCAAGGUAAUACCAAGCAAGCAGUGCUGAAGAUGGUAAUGGUGUGGGUCUUAGCUUUCCUGCUCUACGGACCUGCAAUUAUCAGCUGGGAAUACGUAACAGGCCAGAGCAUCAUACCUGAUGGGGAAUGCUAUGCUGAAUUUUUUUACAACUGGUAUUUUCUCAUGACGGCCUCCACACUAGAGUUUUUCACCCCCUUCAUCAGUGUAUUGUUUUUCAACUUAAGCAUUUACCUGAACAUUCAGAAACGCACCAAAAUCCGCCUAGAUAUCUUCCACGAAGUACAGAGCCAGUCGUUCAUGGAGGAGAUGGAAAUGAGCCAGGAAGGAAAGCUUUCCCUGAAAUGCUGUAAGUGGGACCAGAAAGAGGCAGCUGAAACCCUAGACCUUCCCAAAUGUGAAACACAACAAGCAGCUGCCAACGCCAGUCAGAGUGUGAAAGACUCACAGACAUCAGACUCAAAGAGCUCUGGGCCCUAUAGUGGGAAAUCAAAGUCUUUCAACAAGAGGAGCUAUAAACACUCAGCGUCUACAAUGUCUUUAGAGAAACGGAUGAAGAUGGUCUCCCAAAGCAUCACACAGCGUUUCAGGCUCUCCAGAGACAAGAAGGUGGCAAAAUCACUGGCAGUUAUAGUGAGCAUUUUUGGGCUUUGCUGGGCACCAUACACUCUCCUCAUGAUCAUCCGAGCUGCUUGCCAUGGCCACUGCAUCCCUGAUUACUGGUAUGAGACUUCCUUCUGGCUCCUGUGGAUCAACUCUGCUGUUAACCCUGUCCUGUAUCCCCUCUGCCACUACAGUUUUAGAAGAGCUUUCAUUAAACUCCUGUGCCCCAAGAAGCUAAAGAUCCAACCUCACAAUUCCCUCCAACACUGCUGGAAGUGA